CAAAAAUGUUAACAUCCCCACACCCCCAAAUUCCCUUUCUUACCACGCAAACCCUAACCCUAGAUCUGCCACUUCAAAGGUAACUAAAAUCAUCUCAAUCUCUCCAUCAAUUCACACACAAAUUCACGCAACACAUCUGUAAUCCACUCCAUUAUCUCAUCAAUUUCAGUUUCAUCUUCUCAAAUCCACCGUAGAAAUCGACGGAGAUGAGUGGCAGCACCACGGUGGCGGUUGCGGCGGCGAGCGGCGGCGGAUUCUCCGGCUACCGGCCGCCGUUCACGCCGGUGCAGUGGCAGGAGCUGGAGCAUCAAGCGUUGAUAUAUAAAUACUUAGUUGCCGGUGUUCCGGUACCGUACGAUCUUGUUGUUCCGAUUAGAAGAAGCAUGGAAGCGUUAUCUGCUAGGUUUUUCAACAAUCCGAAUUCACUGGGCUAUUGUUCGUAUUACGGGAAGAAGUUCGACCCAGAGCCAGGAAGGUGUAGAAGAACAGACGGCAAAAAAUGGCGAUGUUCAAAAGAUGCACAUCCCGACUCCAAAUACUGCGAGCGCCACAUGCAUCGUGGCCGAAACCGUUCAAGAAAGCCUGUGGAAUCCCAAUCUCCGUCUCAGUCGUUGUCAACUGCGGUAUCGCGUGUCACCACCGUAAGCAGCACUGGUAGUGGUAAUAAUAGAAGUUACCAGAAUCUCGGCAAUAAUAGCUUCCAGAACUCACAUUUGUAUCCCACCUCAAAUUCCGGGAGUUUUGAUUUUGGGAGUAGUGCAUCAAAGUUGCAGGUGCAUGCUAGUGCCUAUGGGAUCAACAACAACAAUUAUAGGUACGAUCACGGGCUAACUGUCGACGUGGACGAUAGAAAUUACUCUUCCGGAGCUUCAAGUUCAAGGGGUCUAGCGAUAGAAUCGAAUGCAGACAGCACAUGGCGUCUCGUGUCUAAUCAAGUUCCCACAAGUUCGUUAAUGGAAUCAAGAAAUGACUCUUAUUUACAAACCAAAUCCCCACGACUAACCACGGUUAAUGCAUUUGAGCCUGUGAUUGACGCUACAUCAGCGUCAAAGCCAAGUCAACAGCAUUGUUUAUUUGGUAGCAAGAUUGAGUCGCCGGUUGAACCGAAACAUGAGCAGCACUUGAUGCGCCCGUUCUUUGAUGAGUGGCCGGAGGCUAGGGAACCAUGGUCCAGUCUUGAUGCGGCUAGUGGCAAGAACUCGUUUUCCACGACUCAGUUGUCAAUGUCGACGGCUCCUGAAUAUUCAACCGACUGCACCCCGAACGAUGCUUAAGAAUGGAUGGUGUUAUGAUGUGUGUAUUUGAUUGAUUAUGUUGUAUGAUCUUGGAGUUGAUGUAACUUGUGUCUAGCUGGCAUGUUGACUUUCGUGGUCUGCAGGUCAACGUAAAUUUAGUCAAACUGGUUGCUUUCUUGCUUGUUUAAGCAACUCUUUUUCAAAUAAAUGUUGUCUUUUUUGAACUGUACAUUAUUUGUGUUUAAGUGAGUCUUUACUUCUCUGGCCCUUUUGGGAUUA